AUGGAGUUUGAUCACGAAUAUUUUAAACCUCAAAAUGACGAAGAAAAAUUAAUUGUAAAGAAAGUUUUCGAAUCUUUCGGAAAAUUCAAAACUGCCCUGGUUAUACUGAGUGGUAUUUCGAGUUUUUGCUCGAUAACUGUGCCUUUGUUUUAUAAAACUAACCAAGGUUUACCUGUACAGUCGUGGUACCCAUUUAACAUUGAGGUGUCUCCGCAAUAUGAGCUGGCUUAUGUCCAUCAAGGACUAGCGAUGUUUUUCAUUUCCGGAUUGAAUAUAUUCACUGAUACUCUGGUUGCUGGUGUAUGUACUUUUGUAGGUCUGCAAUGUGAUCUGUUAUGUCAAAGAGCUAGGAAUCUUGCAGGAGAUGAAUUGAAGUUUGUAGAGUGUGUCAAACACCACUAUACUAUUUUGAGUUUUCUAGAAACAGUAAAUAUGGUUUUUGGUAGAGUGUACUUUGCCCAAAUCUUUGCAAGUACCUGUGCAAUAUGUAUGGGGCUCUUUCUUCUUACUUUGGCUGACCCCAGUUCCUUUCAAUUCUUCUUUUUGAUAGUGUAUCAACUCUGUAUUGGAAACUUGUUGCUAGUACCUUGUUGGUUCGCGUCAGAAAUGACAGUUAAGAGUCAAAAUAUACCUAAGGCUGCUUACGAAUGUGAUUGGGUCAAUUCAUCAAAAAUAUUUAAAAAGAAAUUACUGUUUUUCAUACACAGAAGUCAGAAACCUAUCAAGUUGUAUGCUUUGGAUUAUUUUGAGAUAACAGUUGAAACAUUUGGCAAGAUUGUGAGGACUUCUCUUUCAUAUUUUGCUGUUCUACGAAACUUGACUGAAGAAGAAACAACAUAA